AUGGCGACUCAACAUUUCAUCAAUGAUGGAGAAACUCUCGUUCAGGAUGCUCUGGACGGUUUGGCGUUGACUAACCCUAACUUGAUCUAUGACCGAGCAAACAAAGCAAUCAUCAACUCCGAGCACGAUGGCAAUAAACAAGUGACAAUAAUCUCCGGUGGAGGAGCCGGUCAUGAGCCCUCGUUUGCAGCACUUGUCGGUAAUGGUCUCCUAGGCGCUGCGGUUUCCGGGAAUGUGUUUGCUUCGCCCAGUGUGCAGCAGAUCGUGAAUACCGUUAUCAAAGUCGGGGGAUCAUCCGGUACACUUUUGGUGAUCAUGAACUAUACAGGAGAUGUACUUCACUUCCACCUCGCCGCUGAGAAAGCGCGUGUUGCGGGCUUUGAUACUGCUCUUCUUGUAGUUGGCGAUGAUGUUUCUGUUGGUCGCAAGCGGAGUGGUCGAGUAGGUAGAAGAGGUCUUGCAGGGACAAUCCUUGUUGAGAAGGUGCUUGGUGCAAGAGCACAAAUGGGCAAUGUGACGCUCCCAGAACUGCAAAAAUUUGGUGAAGAUAUUGUGGGUCGGCUGGCAACAGUCGGUGCUGCCUUAGGACACGUCCAUCUCCCGGGAAGGCCAAAAGCAGAUUUUGUCGAAAGCGAGGAUCAAGUUGAGCUGGGAAUGGGUAUUCACAACGAGUCGGGUUGUCGGAUUCUUAAGCCUCAACCUCCUAUUGCGGAUCUGAUCGAUCAAAUGCUAGAUCAAAUUCUUGAUGUCAACGAUGCCGACCGUCACUAUGUUGAUUUUGACCCAAAGAACACUGUUCUAUUAGUCAACAAUCUUGGAGGAGUAUCGAGUCUGGAGUUCUCCGCUAUCACAAAAACAGCUAUAGACCGACUUGGGAUAAGGAACAUCGUGCCAGUGAGAACAUAUGCCGGGGCUUUCAUGACGAGUCUAGACAACAAGGGAUUCAGUAUCACUCUGUUGAAUACGAAUGACGAGAUCAUUCAGUAUCUAGACGUACCUGCCUACACGCUUGGUUGGACUAGCACUGGAUCUCAGGCUAGUGGGACGAAAGUCCAAGCCGCUCAGGAGGUCGAGUCGUCUAAUCGGGUGCACGCCGAGUACGCAUCGACCUCCCUAUUGCGAGUCGACAUUACCGCACUCUCAACAGCCCUUCUUUACGCUUGCCACAAAAUCGUUGACGUCGAACAAGAAAUCGAUCGGUAUGAUGCGGUCGUGGGUGAUGGAGAUUGUGGCUCAACACUCGGACGAGCCGCUCGAGCAAUCAUCAAAAGCAUAAAAGAUGAUGAGUUCUUCGCCGCAAACACUGAUGCUGUUCGCUUCCUCGACACUAUUGCGCAGAUUGUAGAAGACAAUAUGGAUGGCACAUCGGGAGCAUUAUAUGCUAUCUUUCUGAAUGCACUGGCCGCUUCACUCCGAAACAUUGGCUUGGUAGCUAAGAAAGAAAUCGUUGUUGAGCCAACGCAAUGGGUCCAAGCCUCAGCGGAAGCUCUUGAAGCCUUGCAAAGAGCAACACCAGCCCGUGCUGGUGAUAGGACCUUGAUGGAUGCUCUCGAGCCGUUCAUAGCCACCCUAAAAGCUACAAGAACAGUUUCCACAGCAUUGGCUGCGGCUCGAGAUGGCAAGAACAAGACCAAGGGCAUGCCUGCCGCGUUUGGGCGAGCUGUCUACGUUCCUGAGCAGAGCUGGAGUGAGGUUCCGGAUCCUGGUGCUACCGGAUUAGUUUAUUUUCUCGAGGGCCUUUUCUCGAACUGGUGA